CCGGUUUCAGAAGUGGCUGAACUCAACCAGCAACAAGCCAUUCAGGUGUAUAUUACAACAACUACCAGCCACACUUCAAUGUGGCCUACUGCUGACUGUCGCCACCUGAAGAGCUCAUUUGAUUGGCUAAACCCUCUUCUCUCCACCCUCUUGUGAUGGCCACGGAGGGAUCUGAUUGGCUGAGAGACAAUUUCGUGCUGAGAACCGGGUGGGGGCGUUUCCAUCCGCGGGCCUCUGGAUGGAUAAGCAGGAGCUACAUUGAUGCCCAGUCCCGCCUGCGCCUCCAUGUCACACACCGGAGACCAAUAAUGAGACCAAACAGUCAAGCACCCAAACACAGAUCCUCACAUGACACAGAGAGGGAAUUUGGCGGAACCCUGGGUGCUCUAUGCAUUCCCAUCUUUCUUCCGUUGACGGUACUUUUCCUGAUCUGUGUGAGUCGAUCCCCUGAGGCCACUGUUCUCCGUUGGCCCCCGCCCCUUCCCUCGACUGACCAGCUUUGGGACCCUUUGGCCCCUGUGCUUCUGCUGGGAUGGAUCGCACUGCAUGCCGUUCUCUAUUUAAUGCCAUUAGGAAAGGUGUCUGAAGGAUUAGUGCUGAGGGAUGGAACACGCCUCAAGUAUCCCAUAAAUGGUUUUCAUGGCCUGUGCAUCAGCUGUGUGUUGCUGAUGUUGUUGCUGGGGCUCGGGGCUCCUCUCGGGUAUCUGUUUGAGCUGCUGUUGCCUCUGGCAGUGUGUGCAAUAGCAGUGUCAUUCCUGCUCUCCAUCUACCUCUACACCCGCUCCUUUUGGGCUCCUUCCCAUGCUCUCGCUUUGGGAGGCAACACAGGAAAUCCCUUGUAUGACUUCUUCAUCGGACGGGAGUUAAACCCCCGGAUUGGAGACUUUGACCUUAAAUAUUUCUGUGAGCUCAGACCGGGACUGAUUGGCUGGGUGGUCUUAAACCUCGGCAUGCUGAUAAAAGAGGUGGAGCUUCGAGGUUCCCCCUCCCUCGCCAUGAUACUGGUCAACAGUUUCCAGCUGCUGUAUGUGGCAGAUGCUCUUUGGAACGAGGAGGCUGUUCUGACAACCAUGGACAUUGUGCAUGACGGUUUUGGCUUCAUGCUGGUCUUUGGAGACCUGGCCUGGGUUCCCUUCACAUACGGCCUGCAGGCAGCCUUCCUGGUCGUGCACCCGCAGGCCCUAAGUUCACCUGGAGCCACAGCUAUAAUAGCCCUGAAUGGUGUUGGAUAUUAUAUUUUCAGAAGAUCCAACUCACAGAAGAACCAGUUCAGACGAGACCCUACACAUCCAAGUGUUGCAAGACUCGAGACCAUCGCCACAGCAACAGGGAAGCGGCUGCUGGUGUCUGGUUGGUGGGGUCUCGUCCGUCAUCCCAAUUAUCUCGGUGACCUCCUCAUGGCCCUGGCUUGGUCCCUGCCAUGUGGAUUCUCGCAUCUGCUGCCUUACUUCUAUGUCAUAUAUUUCACCGUGUUGCUGAUUCACCGAGAGGCCCGUGACGAGAGACAGUGUAGGGCCAAAUACGGACUAGCAUGGGACACCUACUGCCGACGCGUCCCCUACAGGAUCUUCCCUUAUAUAUACUGAAAAAGAAAGGAGAUCCUUGUGACUACGCAAAUCCACAGAAACCCAGCAAUACAUGUAAAUCCAUUUUCAUCUAAAUGGACCAAAAGUAAUAACUGGUGCUGCUACUGGGAAUCUGCAGGGAGCUCACAAUUUUAAUCAGCCUUCAUUUGUAAGGCUACGGUCCAGUUACAAAAUGAUGGAUCACUGCUUCUAAUUCCUUGCAUUUUUAAUUUGAAACCUCACGGCAAUCUGAUCUGCUGUAGGUAAAGGCAGUCUGCAAUACACGUCUCUUUUCUGUGUUUACACAGCUCAAGCAUCCCAGCAUAAGAGGCUAAAGCUGUCAGCCUUGUGAUUCGUUUGUCAUAAAAAUGAGAUCUUGUAUCAAAAUGAGGGUAAAAAAUAUUAUUUAAAACAUUAUUAUUUUACUCUUUUUACUUUGAAUGGGAAAACAUUAACUGAAAAACUGAACCAAAAUGGUAAAUAUCAG